GUUCACCUGUCGCACCUGCUGUUGCUGACAGGAAGCUAAAGCUAGAAAGCACACCUGUAAACCACUUCCUUUAACGCCUGAGGCCUGUUAGCUCUACGGAGACUGCCAAACAACAGCCGUGUUCGGUUUCUGUUGAGAGUUUUCAUGGUGUUUCACUUGUUUUCUCCACUUUAAGCGACAGUCGGAAGUAAGGUGUGCGUUUCCUCAAGCCGGCCCAUCAGCAGCAGAACAGAUGCGCUUCCUGCUGCUCUUCAGUCGCCAGGGGAAGCUGCGUCUGCAGAAGUGGUUCACGCCCAUGUCAGACCGUGAGAAAAAGAAGAUCAUCAGGGACAUGACCUCCAUGGUGUUGGCACGGCAACCACGCUCCUGUAACUUCAUGCAUUGGAAAGACCUGAAGAUUAUUUACAAGAGGUAUGCAAGCUUGUAUUUCUGCUUGGCCGUAGAGAACCAAGAGAAUGAGCUGUUAGCCCUGGAGGUUAUUCAUCGCUACGUGGAGCUGCUGGACAAAUACUUUGGCAAUGUGUGCGAGCUGGACAUAAUCUUUAACUUUGAGAAGGCCUAUUUUAUCCUGGAUGAGUUUCUAAUGGGAGGCGAAAUACAAGAAACCUCCAAACAGACAGUGAAUCGCUGCAUUGAAGCGUCAGACAUGUUACAGGAGGAUGACAACAGUGAUUGGUAUGAGGUGGAGCUGUUUGGAUGACCUUGAAUAUGGACAGAAAGACCAUGGAGGAGUAUAUGAGCAAACCUGCAUUUUAACCCGUUAGAAGGGAAAAAAGGACUGAAAACCGCAAGAAGCAAACAGGAACCACAUGUACAGAACCUGAGUCAAAGUUUCUGAGUCUGAAAAUGGGUUUUUCUUUGACUCUUUUAAACAUUUUCAAAAGAGGAAAACUGACAUUGAAGAGCUGUUUGCCUUCUGCCUGCAGCAUUGCUGCAAAGUAACUUGAUUUAAGAGUGAGUCUAAUGUUUGUUUAUAGUGUAUAGUAUUCAUGUGUUUAAUUGAAGGAGAUGGAUGGGAGGGUUGUUUUCAUGUGGAUUCAAAUAAAGUAGUCAUCGGUGUUCAGGGUAAUAAAAUAAUAACCAUUAAGUGAUUUUUAGAUUUAUAAAUUUGUUGCAUUUAUAUUUAAAUCACAUAUUAAUAUAUUAAGUUUCAGGAUUCAGUCUCAAAAAUGUUUAUGAUAGAUUGUAUUGAGCUGCUUUGUAAUUCCAAUAUGAAGCAAGUCAUUUUGAAACAGACUGAUUUGAACAAAUUUCUUACUGUAUCAUAAUUACAUGUGUGGGACAUUUUUCAAUGUGCAGUUUAGCAUGGGUGUGACUAUAACUGCAUUUUAUAAUGUGCAAUUUAUCACUUUGGAGCUUCUGAUUAAAAUAUGUGUUUUGAUAAACA